AUGCAAUCGAUGAACAAAGCGCAAUUGCAACAAGCGAUAUUGCUGAGCCUUCUUCAAAAUCCAGCAAACCACAUUCCGGAAAUCUCAAACAUCGUAUCGCCGGAGGAUCUCCAUAAAGAUGAGAAGUUUAUUUUCAAUAAGUAUCCAAGAGUGGCACAAGUGUUCCUUGAAGACGACCGAGUUUUUAGAAUUCUCGAGGCUUUUCUCGAAAUUGAGAAAAAUCAACCGGAGGACAUAAGAAAAGAGUUUUGGGAGGGGAUGGAUCCUCUGUGUCAUGCUUUUAUGAAAGCUCCCGCCUACAUAAACGGAAAUAAGAAACACAAUGGAUACAAGAUUUGUUGUGAAAUGGCCGACUAUUGCUCGUUUUACAAACAAACAUGGUUCUUCAUUGUUUGUGGAGCCGUUGGGUUCCUUCUUCUCGUUGCCAUCGCCGGCGGUGUUUUCUUCAUUAUUCGUCGCAAAAAUAAGAAGAAGCUUGGUGGUGGUAACACAAAGAAAGGAGGAAGCAAACCAUAA